CCGAACUCGCCACAGAGCGCGUCUCAUCUCUUCCACACAGACCAGAGGAAGCCUCUCAGCAACAGGGGCACCUCGCGCUAAUAUGAACAGCGGAGAUUCUCAUUUCACCCAAAGGCGCGGCGGAUCUCGCACUUAACUCAGUAUAUGGGGAGGACGUCUCGCACUUUUAGCAGUCCGAGUUAACCCCCAAUUGUAAGACACCUCGGACUUUAUCAAUGCAAAGGCAGAAUGCGCGCUUAGGUGAAGCAAAUGGAAAAAAACGUGUUUUUUCUUUUGUACCAUGGACAUCAGAACUAACAGACAUGCUUAUAAGGAAAUCUGCAGUGCAUUUCAGGACCUUGGACAGCGUUCUCAUUGAAACCGUGACACAGUGGAUUAUGGCAAUUGGUGUUAGGAAUAUCUGUCUCAUUUAGAGAAGAAAGCAAAACAACGCGCUGCACACCGGAUGCUGCAGAGAAGUGGUAGUGAAGUCAUGCAUCGCCGCCACACCACACUCCGGGAGAAGGGCAGGCGGCAGGCCAUCCGUGGGCCAGCGUACAUGUUCAACGAGAAGGGGACUAGCCUAACAGCAGAAGAGGAACGCUUCCUCGAUGCCGCUGAAUACGGUAACAUCCCCGUCGUGAGGAAGAUGCUGGAAGAGUCGAAGACCCUAAACUUUAACUGCGUGGACUACAUGGGCCAGAACUCCUUGCAGCUGGCAGUGGGGAACGAGCACCUGGAGGUGACAGAGCUGCUCCUGAAAAAGGACAACUUGGCGCGAGUGGGGGAUGCUCUCCUGCUGGCCAUCAGCAAGGGCUACGUGCGGAUCGUGGAGGCCAUCCUCAAUCACCCUGCCUUUGCCGGCGGCCUCAGGCUUACCCUCAGCCCCCUGGAACAGGAGCUGCGGGACGACGACUUCUACGCCUACGAUGAGGACGGCACCCGCUUCUCCCACGACAUCACCCCGGUCAUCCUGGCUGCCCACUGCCAGGAAUACGAGAUCGUACACAUCCUCCUGAUGAAGGGGGCUCGCAUUGAGAAGCCACACGACUAUUUCUGCAAGUGCCACGAGUGCACUGAGAAACAGAGAAAAGACUCCUUCAGCCAUUCGCGCUCAAGGAUGAAUGCGUACAAGGGGCUGGCCAGUGCCGCCUACUUAUCCCUUUCCAGCGAAGACCCUGUACUUACUGCCUUAGAGCUCAGCAACGAGCUGGCAAGACUUGCAAACAUAGAGACAGAGUUUAAGAAUGAUUACCGGAAGUUAUCUAUGCAAUGUAAGGAUUUCGUUGUCGGGGUGCUAGACCUUUGCCGAGACACCGAGGAAGUGGAAGCCAUUCUAAAUGGAGACGUGGACCAGGUACCUCAGGGGGAUCACCACAGGCCCUGCCUCAGUCGUGUGAAACUGGCCAUCAAAUAUGAAGUGAAAAAGUUUGUUGCCCAUCCAAACUGCCAGCAGCAGCUACUCACAAUCUGGUAUGAGAACCUGUCUGGGCUGCGUCAGCAGUCAAUAGGAGUGAAGUGCUUGACAGUCCUGGGAGUCACCAUUGGCCUUCCAUUUCUGGCCAUUGCCUACUGGAUCAUGCCCUGCAGCAAGCUGGGUCAGAUCCUCCGUAGUCCCUUUAUGAAGUUUGUUGCACAUGCAGUUUCCUUCACUAUCUUCCUGGGCCUGUUGGUUAUCAAUGCUUCUGACCGUUUUGAAGGGGUGAAGAACCUACCUAAUGAGACCAUUACUGACCAUCCUCGCCAGAUUUUCAGAGUGAAGACCACUCAGUUCUCCUGGACAGAGAUGUUGAUCAUGAAGUGGGUAUUGGGGAUGAUCUGGUCAGAGUGUAAGGAGAUCUGGGCUGAUGGACCACGAGAGUAUGUCAUGCACCUGUGGAACGUUUUGGAUUUCGGGAUGCUGUCAAUUUUUGUGGCCUCGUUCACCGCCAGGCUGAUGGCCUUCCUGAAGGCCUCGAAGGCACAGCUUUACGUUGAUCUUCACGUGCCCAACAACGACCUCAGCAAUGCCUCUUUGCCAGCUGAGGUGGCGUAUUUCACUUAUGCGAGGAACAAGUGGCUUCCUUCAGACCCACAGAUCAUAUCAGAGGGGCUGUAUGCCAUCGCAGUAGUCCUUAGCUUCUCCAGAAUAGCUUAUAUCCUGCCAGCGAAUGAGAGCUUUGGCCCCCUGCAGAUCUCUCUUGGCCGGACAGUGAAGGACAUCUUCAAAUUCAUGGUCAUCUUCAUUAUGGUGUUUGUGGCCUUCAUGAUCGGAAUGUUUAAUCUGUACUCCUACUACCUGGGUGCAAAAUACAAUCCUGCCUUCACAACUGUCGAAGAAAGCUUUAAGACUCUUUUCUGGUCCAUCUUCGGUUUGUCUGAGGUGAUCUCUGUAGUUCUUAAGUAUGACCACAAAUUCAUAGAGAACAUAGGCUAUGUUCUUUAUGGUGUCUACAAUGUUACUAUGGUGGUGGUGCUCCUCAACAUGUUGAUUGCCAUGAUCAAUAAUUCCUACCAGGAGAUUGAGGAAGAUGCCGAUGUGGAAUGGAAGUUUGCUCGUGCAAAACUUUGGCUAUCAUACUUUGAUGAGGGAAGGACUUUGCCUGCCCCUUUUAACCUAGUGCCCAGUCCAAAAUCAUUCUACUAUCUCAUUCUCCACACCAAGUCCUGCCUCAUCCGUCUCUGUAAGGCUAAAGCCAAGAAGUCUGACAGUGAUGUGGAAAUGGGAAUGCUCAACUCCAAACCAAAGCCAGAUCGAUACAAAUCAAGCUCAAGGACAUUGGAUAGCUUUGGUGUGAAAAAGCCUAUUAAAAACCCAACCAGGUAUCAGAAAAUAAUGAAGCGGCUCAUUAAGCGUUAUGUUCUGAAGGCUCAGGUUGAUAGAGAGAAUGACGAAGUCAAUGAAGGUGAGCUGAAGGAGAUAAAGCAGGAUAUCUCAAGCCUUCGCUAUGAGCUGCUGGAGGAAAAAUCCCAAGCCACUGGUGAACUCGCAGAUCUCAUCCAACAGCUUAGUGACAAAUUUGGAAAGAACAUGAAGAAACCCUGACUGGAAUCAGCUCCAGGUUUUAAAGGAAAUACUGUACAACAGACCUUUAAAACAUAACCAUGUCCGAUCUGCAGGUACAGCACUCAUAAGUGCCAAACAUGACAUCGAAAAACAGACAUUCUGAUGCGCCUUACGAAAACCCUUCUGUCUGAAUGGAUUCUGAGAUUGGAUGUGUGUGUGAUUAAAAAAGGAAAGGGUUAUAAAGACUUAGCACCUUUUUUUUUUCUGAGAAGCCCGAACCACAUUGAAGGGACUGUUGGAGAAUUGUCUUUCAAUGAUAGAUUGAUACUGGGCAAAAAUGGUGUCAGUUUCAUUUUUUUAACAUUUUAGUAGGAGCUGGCAAAACCCAGCAUAUAUUCCUUAAAAACAUGUAAGCAGAGUGAGCACAAAAAUGGGGUUAAUAAAAUAUUUUGAAUAUAGUUUAAAUUAUAGCUUCCUUCAUACCAGGACUGAUCACACAACCAAGGAAAUAAAAGUGUCACCCAAUGAGAAAAUAAAAACAACAAGGUCAUUUUGAGGAGACACUCACCUUGAAAGUUCAGUUCACAUUUCUUCGGAGCAUACAUUUCUAUUGUGAUAACUCUCUCAUGCAUCAUCUGAUGCCGCUGAAAAAUAGUAAAUAUACAGCAAGGACACUUUUUCUAUAUUCCAAUAUAUUUUUUUCACUAGAACAGAAUUAAUAUGCACAGAAAAAAACCAUCCAAAAUUCCUACAAAAUUCCAGUCGUUAGAAGGUUCGUGGAAGAAUCAUAAAAGGCUGAUCCGUAAUGAGUAAUUAAGCUGCUGCUUGUUUAAAUUGCCUGAUUGUUAUGUCCAGGACGUGAAAGAAUAAUUCUAACUGUUUUAUCAUAAAAAUCAAGUCUUUAAGAAACAGAAGAAAGAGAGAGCGAGACAAACACUGUGAUAGCUCAAUUUGUACAAAAUUGUAAAGCUCUGAAUAACUAUGGAAGGUGAGAAGUUUUAAGAAUUUAACAUACAGUAUACCAGUGUAUGGACACCAGCCUCCAAAUCGGCAGUCUAAUUAACACCAUUACCUUAUGUGCCAAGAUAACUUUUCUUCUUUUUGCCAAUCUACAAAAAUAUUUUAUCAUUGUUCCUUAUUAUCUUUCUAAAGUAUAAUCUGUUCCCUUGACCUCAUUUUCUCACAUUUGGUGUAGUUGAAAAUCUUCUUAAUGCAGUCUUUUUGCACAUGUCUGUGUUUGAAUAUGGAUUUGUCCAUGGCUGUCAGUUUAUUUCUCUCAAACGCGUGAUUGCUUUUUUAAUAUGAAAUAUGUACCAUGAAUCGAGGUUCGCUUGAAGCCACUUUUACCCCCAUUUGCUCAUGCUUCCCUGUACAAUAAAAAAAGCUGAGGUUUCUAGCAGACUUUGUCUGAAAUAAUUUUUAACAGCAAAUUCAAAUCACUCUGCAAAUUAAUUAUUCAGCUUUGUUUGAAACUCAUCUCUAGUAAGACCAGUUGUCCAAUUUCAUUUUUACUUGUAAACAGCAGAAGGUGAAACACAAAAAAUGUUUUUUUUUUAUUCUUUAUUCAAGGUGUGUCUAAUUUACUUUUAUCUUUUGUUCACAUGGGACAGCAAACAGAAUGAAAAGAUAGUAAAUCUUCAUUUUCCAGAUUUGCAUUUAUUUGAUUCUUCACAGGAUAAAUGUAAAUUCCAACAAAAUAGUAACACAUCUUAUGUGAGAUAUUUUAGGUUUCUGCCAAGAAUUUGUUUUAUUUCAGAGAAUUACUCAUCUGGGAGAGUGUUCAUUGUUCCAGGAUGGUUCCAAAGUACAGUAUGACAAAAAGUAAUGUUUUCUUCAGCAGUCUCUCUUUGUUUUGCAGCAUUCAUCAUGUCACUUUGGGUACUCAGUAGAGGUUGUGUGUGAGUAUUUAUGUUUCUAUGUGUAUACUAUCUUUCCCCAAAAUAUUGUAGAAGAUGGUAUUUGCUAGCAGACAUAUUUGUAAAAUAUAUACCAUAUACUCAGACCGAGAUUAAACAGACUAUUUUCUGAUGCUGUAUUUUUCUCUUAGA